ACUGAGUUCAAACAUGGAAUGUUGGGAUUCCCUUGGUCUUUUAAUCAUUGCUAUCAGCUACAAUGUGACAAUUAUUGGGAAGAUUUGGUUAACUCUUGUGAUCCUGCUGAGAUUUAUGGUGAUUUUCUUAGCUGCAUACCCUCUCUACCAAGAUGAACAGGAACGCUUUGUCUGCAACACCUUACAGCCAGGAUGCUCCAAUGUGUGUUAUGACAUUUUUGCUCCGGUCUCCCACUUUCGGUUCUGGCUUGUUCAGACUGUGUCCGUCCUACUCCCUUGCGCCAUCUUUGGCAUCUAUGUAUUGCACAAUGUGGUCAGGCAGGUUGUGAAGGCCUAUUCCUCACCUUACUAUCGCUACAAAGACAUCAAACCUUUGGCAGGCCGCAGAGUCACCAAGAAAUCAUCCAAAGUGGCAACAAGGUGUAGAGUUGCCUGCCGGGCAAAUGAAAUGGACAUUCCUGAUUUUUCUGGAGCAUAUACAGUUCAGCUUCUUCUGAGAUUAUUGACAGAGGCCGGCUUUGGAGUGGGACACUAUUACCUUUUUGGAUUCUUUGUCCCGAGACAUUUCUCCUGUAACCAGUCCCCUUGUUCGAGUUAUGUUGACUGCUACAUCUCCAGGCCCACUGAAAAAUCCAUCAUGAUGCUUUUCAUCUGGGGGCUCAGUGGCUUCUCGUUCCUCCUUAGCCUUAUUGACCUGGUCUUUGCCUUCCGAACCAAUGCUGUAAGAAACCACAGGAAGAAGCUGCUGUUGGAAAGCUUCACAGCCGAGGAGAAGUGCAGUCCUAGCCUUCUGCAUCAAGAUGACAAGCCAAGCAAACGCUUGCACAGCCAUGGGCUAGGGGACCAAGGCAGCAUAGCUGAUGCUGGCAACUCUGGCCACUAUUUAAUUGGCUGUGAGGUGAAGGAGGGCUGCUCUUGUCAACCUGUGUUUACUCCUCAGCAAAAACUUGGCUCUAACCUCAACAGUAAUGAAUUGUGCACUGCAGCCGCCCAUGAGCAGCAGAAAGGGGUGCUUUUCCAUGGAAGUGAACAGCCAGAGAUCUCGUAUGAGCACUCGAGAUUUGAGCAAGAGCCACCCGCUCUCAAAGGAGCUUUGGUAUUUAAAACGCCAGAGGGGUGCCGUCAUGGAGCUCAUUCACCUGCAAGUUGCUCCAAGCCCUCAGUCCAUUAUUCUGCUCUUGAGAGGAAGGCUUCCGAUGUUCAGUCUGUCUGCAGCAGUGCUGCGUGCUCCAGAUCCAAGAAAUCUGAGUGGGUGUAAAAUGCCAGAAUAGAGCAUGGUGUGUUGGAAAAGC